UUGAACUCUUAUUUAAAUCUAUAUAAACCUAUUUAUUUAGGAGUGGAGGGUGGGGAGACAGCCUGCAAGCUUGCCCGAAAGUGGGCUUAUGAGGUCAAGAAAGUACCCAGCGAUAAGGCGCGUAUAAUCUUUGCCGAAGGUAAUUUUUGGGGUCGGACCUUAGCGGCUAUCUCUUCUUCUACCGACCCGUCUUGUUUUACAAACUUUGGGCCCUUUAUGCCCGGCUUCGAUGUGAUCCCUUAUAAUGAUCUGGAGGCACUCAAGAUAUCGGGCCUGAUCUUUUUGUAA